AUCUGCAUGACCAUGAUCCAGAUAAGCUGCAUCAUAUAUAUGUUCCUGCUCGUCUCCAUCACUGGAGCUGUUGAGAGCAACAUCGUGGCUGGGAGGGUUGCAAAGCCCCAUUCCAGACCCUACAUGGCAUCACUCCAAUUUAAUGGAGCACAUUCAUGCGGUGGGAUACUUAUUAGAGAGGACUUUGUUCUGACUGCUGCACACUGCAAAGAACCUCAAGAAAUGAUGGUGGUGCUUGGAGGUCACAACAUCAGUGCAACAGAAAAAACUCAGCAACGGAUUGAAGUGGCCAGAUACCACCAGCAUCCAAAGUUCACGCCGGGACAAUAUGAAUAUGACAUCAUGUUACUUCAGUUGAAAGAAAAGGCCAAGCUCAAUAAGUAUGUGAAGACUAUUGGAAUACCCAACAAAAAUGGAAAAACUCCUGCAAACAUCAACUGUGCUGUAGCUGGAUGGGGAAGAACUGGAGACAAAAUGCCUCCUUCAGAUGUUCUGAGGGAAACUACAGAGAAAAUACAAUUCAGCUUUGAGUGUAAAAACAUCUUUCAAACAAAUUUUAACAGUGAACAUAUGAUGUGCACCAAGUUCGACAGAAAGAAGGGAGGAGUGUGUCAGGGUGAUUCUGGUGGACCACUUAUCUGCAACAAGAAGGUUGAAGGUAUCACAGCUUACUUCAAGAAAGAUGAGUGUUCUAAUCCACGUUAUCCUCACGUCUUCACCAAAGUGAAUUACUUCAGUUCUUGGAUCAAGAAAGUCAUGAAGCCAACAUUCUGGCUGGCUGGGGUGUGAUGGUCAAGGUGGCGUCCAGCCUUCUUUGCUUGGCUGAGAAGGAGUCUGAGGUUCAUCCAAGCUCCUCUUUCUCUGGUGGUCCUUAAGUCCUUGGAAGGGUUUCGGUCUUGUCUGUAUUUCUGCUGUCUUCUAAAAAUAAAAAUGGUGUUUGUGUUGUAAACAAUGUCUACACAAGGUAGACUUAUCACAACUGAUUAAAUGAUUGUGGUGAACUUAAUGGGCCGUGUUUCACCUCUAAAAGCGCGAGUGUGUGUUUGUUUUUUUAACGCUCAGCUGGAGCGCUGCGUGACUCUGGCGGCGUAGGACAGGUUCGGCUUGUUCACCUCAGGCCUGCGUUGCUGUCAGUGAGUUCACAUAUUACAGUGGCUUGGUUUUGAUUUUAACAUCUUCAUAUUUUGAUCGACAUGACUAAAUCCAGAAAACUUCAUUUCUAUUUAAUAGAUCAGUGAUUUGGUCAGUGAUUCAGUGAUUACAGGACAGUACUUCAUAUUACUUUUAGUAUGAGGCUAUUCAAAGAUGAUUUCUGCAAAAGUUUUACCCUUAAAAUACUCUACGCUUUUCAAAAAUUGAAGGCCAGCAUGCCUGUGAAUUUUUAGAAAUUGCAUUGAAACAAAUCUCGAAGUUAUUUAAAUGAAAUGAAAAUAACACGUAAAAGGAAUAACAUAUGAACAAUAUUUAAAAACUGCUGAAUUAAAAUAAAAUCUCUGAAUAGGCUAUAGCUCAUUUCUUUAAAACUCUUUCACCAUUGUUUCAUUUCAUCGUCUUCACCACAUGGUGCCACCGUCCUACCAAAAAUAUAUUUUUAUUGGGAAAAUAAAGCAAUGCCAGUGACAAUUUGGAUUUCAACCAACAGACGUAAGAUACAGACAAUAGACAAUAAUUGUGCACUUACCAUUACAAUGUAAUAACACAUGAGGACAUUCAGGGAGCAAAAUGUGUUCCAAGGUUUACUUUAAUUAACUGACGGAGUCUCUGGAAAAAGCACUCUCAUGAACAGGAAGUGGUAAGGUCAAAGGUUAAUGUAUGCGCUGCAACCAAAGACAUCAUACAAGUGGACACCUGGUUGAGGGUGGAGAGGCGUGCCUGAAGCGCCGCCAUCUUACCGAGGUGGACUGGAGUCGCAGCAGUGCGUGUGUGUCUACGGAGGUAAGAGGCUUUCUUUCAUUUCAAAGUGGAAUUUUUCACUGAAUUUCCAGAAGUUUUAUUUGUUAAAAACAUCACACGUGUUUUGUUAUGACACAGGAUGUUUAAAUGUUUUAAAAACAAAGUCCAAGACAAUCUACCUGGAACAGAUGCCGGAUUUCUUGUCCCUCUUGUGGAUGUUCUCAUUAAACCAGAUACCUUGGACUCACUUUUCACAGGCAAAGUGUUUAUAAAGAAUAACAUUUAGAGAGCUGGUUGUUAUAGAGAAAUAAACCUUGAUGGGGCAGAUUGAAUUCCUCUACCCUGCCUCAAGGUUCUUCACAGAAAAUAUAGCUCACUUUACAUUAUUCAACAUGUUAGCAGAGGUGUCAAAAGUAUUUGCAUUCACUACUCAAGUAGAAGUACAGAUGAAAACGUUCAAAAAGACUUUUGUAGAAGUUGAAGUAUCAACUCCAGCUUUUUACUCAAGUAAAAGUAUAAAAGUACUGAAUUCAAAACUACUUAAAAGUAUAAAAGUAAAAGUAAUGUGAGGGGAAAAAAUGGCUACAGUGCAAUCAUAAAAUACAUUUUCUAAAAUGUUGUAACGACUAAUGUUGAAAAAUUUGGAAUGCACUAGAAUAGGCUAUCUGUUUCCACCUCAUAUGUCCAUUGAAAAGGAAUGCAUUUCAGUAAAUACAUUACAGAACCGUGUGUGUACCACUGACAAUUAACAUGUGUUUCAUGGAGCAGCAGAUAUGAUGACUAGUUGUUGUCAAGGUGCAAAUAGUAAAACAUCAGAUACAUAUUAUCAAUUCUCCUUUAUUGAUUAGCAGGUAAAAUGAACGAAACCUGUCGUCUGCUGUUGAACAGUGACCCAAGAUAUACGACCAACGGGACAACAAGGAGAAUGUUCUGGAGUGGCUGAGUCAGAGCCCAGACCUCAGUCAGGCUAAUUUAAGGAGAAGAUGUAACAGGCACUUCUAACAUAAAGACUGACUUCAGUCAAGUAAAGGACUCAUCCAACCACAAUUAAAUUAAUUCUAUUCGGAGGGCGGAAUUUACGGUAUCUGGUAAGCCGGAAUAAAAACAAGUUGAAAUGAAGUAACGAGGCAAUUUUUUAAAAUGUAAGGAGUAGAAAGUACAGAUAAUUACAUGAAAAUGUAAGGAGUAGAAGUUAAAAGUCGUCCAAAAAAUAAUUACUCCAGUAAAGUAUAAAUAACCAAAAUAUCUACUUAAGUAAGGUAACGAAGUAUUUGUGCUUCGUUACUUGACGACUCUGCAUGUUAGUGGUGCUUACUUGAGACCCUCUUUUGGCUGAAAUACAUUAAAUACACAAAGUGUUUAGUCCUGCUGAUCAUGUUUUGUAAAAACCCAUGAAAACUGUUGAUCUCAAAGCUGACAUGAAAUCAUCACAUUAUUCAUUCUGACACAUUUUGAGCUUUCAGUGGCUGACUAUAUACAUGCAAUAUGCAGUGGCUGACUUCAGUGGAAGUUAAACCCGACCAAAAGAAGGUGCUGGGAAGAAGAUUGGAGGAAGAUCAGACUAAAUCUGGAUGAGAGACACUGAUGCUGGACGCCAUGGCCAGAACAAAACGUCAUCAAUAAACAAGUAUUUUAUAGUUGCAGUAGUUUACAGUAGAAUUAUAAUUCAAAAUAUAACUCAAAGCUGACAACUAUACUCAGAUUUGUGAAAAUGUUUUAAUUUAGUGACUUGACAGCAUCAUUAGAUCAAACCUCGACAAUUUUUCAAAACUCAUUUAACAUUUCUUCUCUCAUACUUCACAGGUCUACAAUAUAAUUCUCCAAAGACAAUGACAACACAAACUGCAGAGAUUCAUCCGAUCAUUGGCUGCAGUCUGCCUUCCCUCCAUGACCUUUAUACCUCCAGGACCCUGAGGCGAGCCCAAGAUGGUGGCCGACCCCUCCCACUCUUCCAAACUCUCCUCUCUGGAAAGAGGUUCCGGUCCACCAGGACCAGAACCUCACCACACAAGAACAGUUUGGUCCCCUCUGCCACCGCUCUCAUGAACAAGGCCUCAGUCCCCCUCUGACAAUCCAAUGACCAAUCUCCCCCCAACCCCCCUCCCAACCCAUCCACCCCAAUUCCUCACCUCCCACCCUCCAACACGUGCACAGUAACUGACUACGCACUACAAUCUUUAGCCCCCAUAAACAUCACUGUGUAAUCUUGUAAAUUAUGUUAAUUCUGCAAAUCGUUGGCAUAUUUAUUGUUAUUGCUAUUGUGUUUAUUGUUUGUUGCUGAAUCCCUCAAUAUUUUACACUUGUGCAUUUUUAAAUGUUUUCUUUUGUCUGUUUGCACCUCCACCAAAACAAAUUCCUCGUAUAGUGUACCU